AUGGACGCAGCGCCGCAAUCUCCAAGCGGCCCAGCCCGUCUCCGCAACCCUUCGUACGGUCAUCUCCCCACACCUACGACAACGCAUAUGCAGUCGCUCAACACCCGGCCCGAUCCGUCCUUUUCGCUUCUCUUGUCGCUCCCUAGAGAGCUACGGGACCGCGUCUAUGCGUUUGCUCUUGUCUCAGACUCGCCCUUUUGGUGGCCCUCCAAAUCUCCAGACGCCGACCACCACAAUGUCAGCGCCAGCCUUCUUCGCACCAACAAGCAGGUGUAUAGCGAGUCAAUCGACAUUCUGUACUCGCAGAACAGGUUCCUGUUCACCCACCCAAGCGACUGCAAUAUGUUCCGCGUGGUCGCAUCUUCCGCUUCCGUCAACAUAACGAGUGUCUAUUUCCGCAUUAGACAGAAAGACUUGAAGCUGUGGACCGCGUAUCUGGGAAGCAAACAAGCAGAGAGGAGUUUGAAGAGCGACCUCCCCAAGCUGAAGAGUCUGUGGGUGUUUCUGAGGUGUGGCGCGAUGGGGCUGCCUGCCGCAUUUGGGAGACACGCUCAAGCUUUACCGAUCGCCUUGGGACAACAGAUGCAUGCCCUCCAGCAACAAGUACAGAGCCUCACGCAGGUCAUGGCCAAUGCGAAUGCACAAGCUGCUGCCGGAGGCAAUCAAGCCCACACAGGAGGCAACCAGCUUCCACCUCCCCCACCCCCAGCACCGGCAAUGCCCUUUUUGCAGUUUGCACAAGGCCCCUUGGGACUAGGCGGUCCUCAUCAUGGCCACCACCAUCACCAGAACCACCCUCCGCAUGUCAACUUGCUGGCGCAACAACAGCUGCAAAUGCACCAGCAGGCCAACAUCCAUCCACCACCACUGUUCCAUGCGCCACAUCAUAUCGGGUCCAUGGUAAAUCCACAAGCGAACAGAACAGACCCACGUGAUCCGCACACUCUGUUCUCAACGUUUCUCCGCUUCGAGCGAGAGCUGGGCAUUGAAUCGCUCUGCCUGAAUCUUCGUGAUGCUUUGUAUUCUGGGCCGUCUGCAUUGAUGAAUUUUGAUUCGUCCUCCAGCAGUGAUGCUUCAUCAGUAGCUGGGAGCCCCCCCGUAGCAUCCAGCAACGAGCCCCGACCGGAAGUCAAGAUAGUGUGCAUUGUCCAUAUUCCGCGUAGGAUAAUGGAGCGAGUGGUCGCACUUCACCCAGAUGAGUUGGUUGUAGACGCCAAAACUCAGGAUGCGAGGACGCGGUUCAGGAAACUGCAUGGCAUCGAAGUUAGUUUGGAGUUGAAUGGAUGCCCUCCGCUACGUCCGGGGCAAGAUGGCGCAGAUCACGGUGACAUGCAUGCGCAUGAGCACUGA